GCACAUGAGCUGCGUAAGCAAGGUAAUGAUUCAUUCAAGAAAAGUCGUUUUGGUAAUGCUAUAGCAAAAUACACAGAAGCUAUAACGCUGGACCCAAAAAAUCAUGUCAUUUAUUCCAAUAGAGCUGCAGCUUAUACCGCCAUAAAUGAUCCUCAAAGUGCAAUAAGUGAU